GUUAACAUGUCAAAGUACUCAAAGGGUACUUAAUUGAAUUUUAAUCGCUCGAAUUUUUUAUCACAAAAUGAAUUGAGCAUUUAAGAUAACGCUGGGUACAAUAAAAACCGAAAAUUAUAAUGAUAUCAGUCAUUUGGUGGCAAAACAAACAUGGAAGCAAUGUUUAAUGUGAUCAUACUAAUGGCCGCCAUAAUCCUGCGGCAACCAAACUCUGUGUUGUCCAAUGUCAUAGAAGAACGAGUACUGUCAUCGGGAAACAGGAUAAAUUUCACAGAACUAGCAUCGCUUUAUGGACUCAAAGCUAAUGAAUACAACGUCACAACUGAAGACGGAUAUAUCCUAGGAUUAUUUCACAUACCGGGUAGCAACCACAGCCGACCGGUGCUGCUUAUCCACGGAAUAGAUUUAUCAUCCGAUUGCUAUCUGAUACGGGGCGACAAUUCACUGGGAAUCACAUUAGCCCGGAGAGGCUUUGACCUGUGGUUCGCAAACUUGAGGGGGAAUAUAUACUCCCGUAGAAAUAUUUACUUAAAUCCGGACACCGAUCCCGAGUUUUGGAACUUUUCAUUCAACGAGAAUGGGAUCUACGAUCUUCCGGCUAUCAUUGACAUCGUCAUGAACAAGACGAAAGCUCCGAAAUUAAAUGUCAUAGGACAUUCUCAGGGGAACACAGGGAUGUUGGUGCUCGGGGCGAAGAGGCCGGAGUACAACGAAAAAAUUAACAAGUUAAUAUAUUUGGCGCCCGUCAGCUACCUGUCCCACGUAUCCCCCGUGCUUUCUGCUUUCAUAUCGAUUUCACCGCUGUUAAAUUUAAUCGGAGAAGCUGCGGGACUUAAUGAAUUUUUGGGAUACAAUCAACGACUAACAAAACUGUAUCGAGCUGUCUGUACCAGUCCAGUAUCCGCCUACGCUAUAUGCGCAAAUUUAAUCACAUUCCCGGUAGUUGGUUUCGAUCCAACAGAAUUAGGGCCAACAUUUUACAGGGUGACAAACUAUUAUUUCCCGGUCGGUGGAUCCAGAAAAUCAUUAAUACACUACGCGCAAAUUGGGAUUAGGGGAGUUUUUGCGGAAUACGAUUACGGUGCGGUGAAGAAUGUUGCUGUAUAUAACUCUAGUUUGCCUCCAGUGUAUAACCUCAGCAGAGUGGAUUUCCCGAGUGUGCUGCUGGUGGGGAACAAUGACGGCGUCGCAAGUGUCAAGGACGCCGAGAGAUUGCGAGAUGAGUUGCCGAACGUAGAGUCAUUUAGAAUACUACCGCGGAAGAAAAUGACACAUCUGGACUUUAUAGUUGGUAGAACAAUGGAAAAAUAUUUAUUUCCAUAUAUAAUUGAAGCUCUAAAUUGAGAAUUGAAUAUGUAAUAUAUUUGGUUAUUUUA